UUCUGUGUUGACGCCGCCGCUGCACGUUCCAGCUCUUUCCGCCUUUGACGCCGACAACAGCUUCUCCGCUCACCCUCACCACCACUGCGAAUUCGCCGCCACUAUGGUCUACAUCACCUCUGACUUGUUCGGUCCCAAUACACCGCACGAGCGCCAAUACGACACCGCCACCAACUACUGGCAUACCAUGGCCCACGAUCAACACGCCGCCGGCCUGGGCAAGAGAAAGAGAAUGGCAGGCGACGACGGACCGCAACACAUGCCCCGCCAACAUCGCUCAUCACCCAGUCGCGACUCUAACCGCCUCCAUCUCCACAAUACCCCGCCUUUCGAAAGCAACAACAACCUACCCUACGCCCUCUUCCCCUCAAGACCACACGAAUACACAUCAGAACGCCGGCCGGUCAAGCAACUCAAACGCCUCAGUCCGAAAGCGUCUCUCGUCAAGUCAACAUCACAUCUAAUGGACGUCGAUUUGGAUGCCCCGUCGCCCUGCCAAAAUCAAUCACACGCCGUUUCUGACCUGCGAUCUUGUCACGCCUGCAACAAGGCACCCAAGCGACGGAAAGACCUGGAAAACUACCUCGAUUGUAGGAGAUGCGAAGGCCGAACCUGUUUCAUCUGUGCGAGGCAGUGUGUAGGGUGCAGCAAGGCGAUAUGCAAGAAGUGCAUAGUAGAAGUUGGAGAAGAAGGGGACGCAUGGUGUCUGGACUGUUAUUCACGGAACCUCAACUCGUGAGUGGUAGAAGAGAAGGUGUUUUGGUUGUUUUGGUUCAUUCUAGCAAAGCGGGCGUCCUUGUGUUACUACCAGCUGCAUCGAGCGAGACUCUAUCGAGCAUCA